CGCUUCACUGGUGAUUGUUAACAUUUUUUCUUUAUAGUUAUUUAUUUACUGAAAAAAUGUCACGUGGAUUAGCAACAAUCAAAAAAGUGGUGGAAUAUGUAACUAAUUCUAAAGGAUUCGAACAGUGCCUCAAAAAUGUGACGGUGGUGUCUGCCGGGGAUGGAAAAUGCAGGGUAGAGUUUCCCGUCGAAGAUGGUCAUCUGAAUGGGGGAGGAACCCUCCAUGGCGGAUUUACAGCAACCCUAGUUGAUUGCAUUUCUACAUAUGCCUUGAUGACCACUGGCACUGGUGCUCCAGGAGUAUCUGUGGAUAUGAAUAUUUCAUACUUAAACGCGGCAUUUCCAGGUGAAAUGAUUGUAGUCGAUGCUAAAACCUGCAAGGCUGGGAAAACUCUGGCUUUUCUUGAGGUCGAGCUAUCGAAAAAAGAUGGAGGACGUAUCAUUGCUCGAGGACAACAUACUAAGUUUAUCAAGUAGAUUGAAUGAUAACUUGAUAUGUUAUUGAUUGAUUGCUAAAACGCCAUCGUAUGGCAGGAAUUUUCAUGUUCAAAGUUCAGAAAGU